AUGCCUUCUCAUUCUCGCAUCCUCAACCACCGUCAUCUCUCUCUCCCUCUCCACCUCUCUCGCAACAAACGCCUUUCUCUCCCGCAAACCACUUCUCUCACAUGUUGUUCCCGCUCCCGCUUCGGUUGCGCUACUCUCCAGUUACAUCCGUUGAUCAUUCAGCAGUAUGAAUGCGUUGUUCGGCGUAAUGUCUUUCCAACGAGAGCCUUAGACGAUGAUUCGUUUGACAUACCAAUGCUUGAUGAUUGGAAUACCGAUGAGAGUUCUGUGUAUGUGCUCUCUUCCAGUGACGGGGAAGACAGUGAUGGUGAAAUUUUUCUCACUCCGGUUAAUGAUAUUGAUUUGCCUUCUGUUUCUGCAUCAAAUAAUGAUGCUCUAACAGUGGCUGCUCAUCGGUUUGCAACCCUUGGGAGGGGACAAAAGAAACCUAGGCAACAACAAGGGCCUGCUAGACAUCAAAUGAAAAAGCGUACGCCAACAUUGGGUGGUUUGCUUUUUGUACCUAUUGGUAUAAUUGUUGCUCAUGUCUUUGCUAGAUCCUCGUCAAUAGAAGUGUCUGGGGCAGCUGCUGCAACUAUUGCAUUUGCUGCAGUUGGUUUACUUAGUGAUAUAUUAAGUUUCACCAAUCAUUGGAGGGGUUUGCCUGCAUUGACAGAAGUUCUUUUGGAGGUAGCUGUUGGAACGUGGUUUUCGUUUUGGUUGGACAUCACCAGUAUAUCUUCACCCUAUGGCAUGAAGAUGCUGGUUCCUCUGCCAUUGGGCCUUGUGUACUUGGGAAGAUGUUACCAACUCUUGACAUCAUUUAGUUUCGUUUCCAUGGGACAUGGUGUUAAAUUAGCAGAUGCUCUUGAUGGACUAGCUGGAGGUACUGCUGCAUUGGCGUUUAUUGGAAUGUCAAUAGCUGUUCUUCCAGUAUGUUCUGAUCUUGCUAUAUUUGGAGCAUCAAUGGCUGGAUCUUGUGUUGGAUUUCUUCUACACAACAGAUACAAAGCGUCUAUAUUUAUGGGUCAUACAGGAUCUUUGGCACUUGGUGCUGGGUUAGCAGCAAUGGCUGCAUGUACUGGAAUGUUCUUCCCACUACUCAUUUCUUCCGGAGUUUUCAUUGUUGAGUCAUCAUCAGUUAUCGUUCAGGUCCGUCCCAUGCUUGAAAUGCCUCCAUACAUUAGUGAAUAG